CUCAGACAUGGGUCCUCAUCGCCAAUACCUCCAAGCGGCUGCCGUGAUGGCCCUGGUGUGUGUGGCGACAGCAGGAGGCGGCGCAGGCAGAAGGGUCGCGGGGCGCAGCGGCAGCAUCAGCGUUAAGAGCGUGGUCCCCGCUGUCCUCGUGGCCCAGGCCACUGACUCCACCCGCCCCAGCUCCUCCUUCAGAUCCGGGUCCUUUGGAAGGAACAACGUCGGCUUCGCUGGCAGCUCUGGCUUCGGCCCUGGCCAAGCCGGUAGCGCCGGCUUUGGCCCUGGCUUCGGCUCUGGCCCGGCUGGAAGGACUAGCUUUAACCAAGGGUUUGUAGGAAACGCUGGCUUUGCUGGGGCUUCCAGCUUUGGUUCCGGCGUGGCUGGAAGGACUAGCUUUAACCAAGGGGUUGUAGGAAACACUGGCUUUGGCUCUGGAGUAGGCGGCAAUGCCAACUUUGGUUUUGGCCCUGCUGGUGGGGCGAACUUUGCCACUGUUCCUGUAGGAGCUACCAGCUUCCGUUCUGGAUCUGCUGGCGGUGCCAACUUUGGCUUUGGAUCUGGCCGCCCCAACUUUGCUCAAGGUGCCAACUUUGCUUCAAGCGCCAACUUUGCUCCAGGCGCCAACUUCGCUUCAGGCGCCAACUUUGCAUCAGGCGCUAAUUUUCCAUCUGGUGCCAACUUUGCAUCAGGCGUCAACGUUGCAUCAGGCGCUAAUUUUCCAUCAGGCGCCAACUUUGGCUUCCCAGCUGGCCAAGCCGUCAGUAGCCUCGGCAACUUCGGAAACCCCAACUUCGGCCCCGGUCAGCCUGGCUUUGGCUUCGGUUCCUCUGGCAACUUCGGCGCGGUGAACAACUUCGGACCCCAGCAAGCACGAACCCGUUCCUUCGGACACCACUGAUCAGCGACCAGGCAACCGAGAUGUAAAAUGGUCGUCAAAUAUAGUACAUAAAUUUUA